GAACCAGUGCAAUUACUUCGGAGCUGGGCGGAAGGCCCGGUCGGCAGUUGGGAGGGUUGGUUUCCAGGACACAAUGCCGUCUCCGUUCUCCGUCACCUCCUUCCCUGUCAGCAUCCCUGCGGUGAUCAUGCAGACAGACUGGACCGAGCCAUGGCUCCUGGGGCUGGUUGUCUUCCACAUGCUGUGCCUGCUGCUCACCUGCUUCUCAGCCCAGAGGUAUGGACUGCAGAUCGGUCUCUUCCUGAGCCUAGCGACCUUAGUCUACUGCGCUGAGUACAUCAAUGAAGUGGCUGCCAUGAACUGGAGGUCAUUUGCCAGAUACCAGUACUUCGACUCCAGGGGGAUGUUCAUUUCCAUAGUGUUCUCGGCUCCGCUGCUGCUCAACGCGGUGAUCAUUGUGAUCAUGUGGGUGCGCAAGACUUUGAAUCUGAUGACCGACUUGAAGAAGGCACAAGAGAAGAGGAAAGAGAGCAGGAGGAAGAAGGCGGAGUAACACCCGCUCCGGAUCCUACAUUGUUUGUCCCUCCACUGUGGCAGCUUCCAGGGUCAAAGUGUGCUUGGCCCAGUGUGUAAAGCUGACUCUGGGUCACAGAAGGUUUUUUUGAUUUUAAUGCUGCAGGGAGAAACGCACACUGAAAUGGUUUCUUCAACCCCAUGCUGAACCCUCUGGUUCUGGACCCACCUUGGGUGGAUUCAAGUCCUGGAGCCCAGCACACCCGCUUCUUGGGCAGAUGGUGGCAUUUUCUGAGUCAGUGCUGGUUAUGGGCCCUCUUGAGACUGAUGUGGGAAACUGCAACUUCUGUCCUCUGUGCCAGGUCUACAGCCUGGCACAGCCACGGACAGCUCUUCUCUCAGGACUUGUGGCGAGGUAGAUGACACCUUGCUUGUGCCUGGAGGAGGGCCCCCUGGCUCCCCAAAAACGGUCAUGUGCUGCAAGAGAUCACAGGGCUGCGAGAGUGUGCACACACUUGUCAUGACCUGCUUCUACAAGGCAAGCCUGAGAGCUUGGGCCACGUCACUGAUGUGGCUUUGGGUUAAAAUUUGAAAUAGAAGCUGUAAGGUCAGGUCUGUACAGAAGAGAAUAUGGUUUUAUUUUUAUUUUUUUCGCGACUAUGUUGACUGAGCCCUCUGAUUUUUCUACAUUUUAAACUGUAAGUACAAAAGCACUCAGUUUAUGAGCUAUAUUUUGUUUUCACAAAAAUAAACUUUAGUUUUUAAACUUUGUAAUCAAGGUCCUGUUCCGGCCAGUGUUGCACUGUGAGCAGCUGUCUUCGUGUUUUGUCCUCACGCUGGGAGAAUCUGGCAAGCCAGAGUUAUCAGCAGAUAGUCCUGUUGACAUUCGCAGUGUGUGUGGAGUGACCCUGCUCUAUAGAGCCUGCAGAAUGUGGGCUGGGGUGGGCCACAGUGACCGAGAGCUUGCCUGGCCACACGGGACCCUGGGCCUUUCCCUAGCAUCACACACAAACACGCACAUGUGCGUGCACACACACAGGCAGUUUGUGGUCUGUGAGCUGUCCUGUGUUCAUUCUGUACGGUGAAACACUCGUGAUCUGCCAAUUACAUUAGCAGAUGUCUCUACAUAUGUUGAUGUGGUCUGUGGGGCCCUGUUUAUUCCUAUUCAAUAAAAUACAUUGUGAUGUUGUA